UAUGGCGUUCCCCCUAGGGUGUUAUGGUGUUCGAUGUUGGUGGACCGCGUGCCGCGCUUGUCGUGUCAGUUUGCUGUGUCGAUUUCAAGGCGAUAUUUGUUCAAGACUUGCCGCCGUGUUUCAACUCGUAACGUUGUGAAGCGUUCGCCCGAAGCGGCCGAGAAACCUUUCGACUCGAGAACUAGUGUGAAUUUAUUCAGCGUCUGAACUCGGUCAGCGAUUUGCAACGGAGCCACGCACUGUAGCAACGUAGCGUGAACAACGGUUCCGCGGUGAAUCGAAAUGAUGGUUGAGUACUUCAGUGGGCUGUGUUGAAACAACUUGUUGGAACAGUAUUGUGGAAAAUUAUUUUGAGUCGUGUUCGUUCGCCUGCCUAUCAAUAACAAAGACUGUGGACCAACAUGUACCAGAGUCGACAUACUGUAAGUGAAAAUUCGUGUUGAAAUGGUGGUUAUUGAAGAACAGGCUUCUGAAAUGUGACACCCCCUUUCACCAGAAGAAGAGUUCAAAAAAUCAUGUUUUUCUCUUUCUCUUAGACCCCGCACCAGCCUUCUGGUCAACCUUUUAAAUUUACCGUGGCGGACUCCUGCGAUCGUAUCAAAGAGGAAUUCAACUUCCUUCAGGCUCAGUACCACAGGUAAAUCUUUUCGUUUUCAGUUGAUUAACGUUCACUGCAUGAAUUAACCGAUCGGAAAACAUCAACUUGUCUGUGUAUACAAGUUUGGCACGAUGGUUUGGCAUGAGAGGCGUGAAUUAAAUUUUGUCUGGUUUUUGGCGCUUACGGUUUCCAGAAAUCUCUCUUUUUAGUGUGUAAGUUUAAUUUAUUUUGGCUGCAUACAUAUCCAUUAUGUCAUGUAAAGUUAAUCUUAUCGUGGGCUUUCAACACAAUAUUUACAUUGCACUGCUUUUUUGCUUUUAGUUUGAAGUUAGAGUGUGAAAAACUUGCAAGUGAGAAGACAGAAAUGCAAAGACACUACGUAAUGGUACGUUGAAUCCAGUGUUAAAUAUUUUCGCCAUUCUUCAUUUCACUAUCGCACUCUUGUCAUCUUCAAGGACCAUCGAUUAACAUACGAGACCGAACUUUGUAAUCCAGAAAAUGUCUAUUCACGAAAACACCAACUCGACUGUGGACCUCUUGUGUUAUUUGGAAAGCAGAAACUAUUGAUCGAGUCAUCUUCUCCUUUGUUUACCUUUUCUGUGACGUUAGAGGUUUUGGUCUCAAGAUGUGAAUACCUUGUAUUCGUUUAUAUGCCCGAUAAGGUUUGUAUUAGGUUAAUAGCUUUUCGGCUGUGUGUAGCCCAAGGCCUUUCCUUUUAAUUGUGUAAUAAUGGAGUCGCCCCGCUGUAAUUAAUUUGCAAUAGAUAGUUGAUCUGUAUUUGUGGAAGAAAUUUAGCGCGUUGUUUAAUUCCUUUAAUCCGAAAAAAUCGGCUAGCCUUGCGAUCUAUGGUUUUAAAACAUGUAUUGUGUUCUCGAAGCAGAUGUGUUUUCACUUCACACUUAUCGCUGAAGCAGUGAUAAACGUAAUGUCACUGGACCCCAAGCCACCACAAAUCUGAAGAUUCACACUUCAUUGGCAUUUGUUUUUAUUUUCUUGCAGUACUAUGAGAUGUCUUACGGACUUAACGUGGAAAUGCAUAAACAGGUAGGAGUUCGCGAAAGUGAAUCAAAUACGUGACAAUCUCAGACAGAGCUGUUAACUUGGGUUCAGUGGUUUUGAAAUGUAAAUUCCCCUCAUCGAGAUCAAAAGUCAUAUUUCUGGCGACAUCACUUGAUACUUGCUCUUGUAGAGAUAAGCCGUUGAUAGAUAAACUAGCGAAUUAUUUUUGGCAAGCUUACUUGACACUCAUCCCCUCUAAAACACAAACACCGUGGAACGGAAAUGUGAACUAGAACGUAUGUCCUUGACUUGUUUUAUCUCCCUUAAAAAUGCGGAUUAGAUUUGUGGCGUCCUAUAUUGAUCAACAAGAGUUUUACAUUACACCUUAGACAAACUUUAGGCGACAGCCAUUAAUAGUUUACAUUUUUUCUUUCCGAAAUGUAAAUUAAAAUGUGCUUGAAGCGUUCCCUCUUCAAACAGACCAGUGAGUUGGCAGGGUAAUAUAAACACAAAUGGCUACGGGAGAAUUAAUUGCAAAUUGAACACAAAGCCCACCUUUAAUGCUAGAUACUUAAAACUUCGACUGACAGUUUUAGAGCCUUUUCAAAAUAUGUCAAGCAUGCUAUUCUAAAUUGCAGCCAAUGUAAAGUUGUUUAUUUUGGCGCAAACCAUCGGCCCUCUCCCGUUGAAAUUGAAUUCGUUCACCAUUUUUUUCGGCACUCCGUGCUGGAUGGCUAAUCACAUAAUCCUUUUGGGAGCUAGAUUUAGAUUAUGACAGGAACCAAAACCAAAGUGGAUCACUCAUCCCUGUUGUGUGUCUUUUAUCCCAGAGGGAAUUAUAUUGUCACCACCUCAACUUUUGUUGUGGGUGUUAAUUAAGCUGGGUUGAAUGCUCUGGAUGAUGUCACAAGAACGUGAUCUUUUUUCAAUGGUGUGCUUCUUACUGUGGCAUUAGAUAUAGGAAUAUUUCUCAGAAGGGGUUUCUAUAUAUUAACUCUCUAAAAGGUGCUACAUGGUUUUAUGUUAGUAUUAUUUUAUGGAAUUGAAAGGUUGUCUCAGUGAAGUAUUUAAAUUUCAUGCAUGUCCAUAUUUCCCACAAAUUGUUCAUUCAACCUCAAAGGUCAGCUUUUUAUUUAGAAUAAGUUACUUCUUUUCUUUGCCACUUAUAUACCCACACAAAAGUAUUCCCAAUGCAACCGUAAGGGGAAACUGUACGGUUAAGCUUAUUUCCUGUUGUUAAGUUUACUGGACUAAGCAAAUUUCCCUUUUGGGAGUACUUUCCUUUGCAAAUUGAUGCGACAAGGAAGUGGUAUUGUUUAAAAUGUAAGCCAAUAAAGCAUACAAUUUGAUAUUUAUUCCAUUUACUGUAUGUUAAGGACAUUUUAAUUUUUCCUUCUGGUUACUGCCUCAUGUAGAGGGACUGUCAAGCACUCUGCUGGAUAGCCUCUUUUGGUUAAUUAAAAUUUAUAUAAUACAAAUACAAACAUACAAACUCUUACCAACUGGUCAGGAAAAUCAGGUGACAAAAUUUGACAUGUUUCCUGCACAGAGGUCUAUAUCUAAUGGACGACCCCAUUCUGCGAACUACUUAAAACACCCACAAAAGGGUACCGUCAGUGCUUUUUGAUAUCAUAUUAGUGUAACAGAUGCCCUCACGUCAUGGCAACACUCUUAAAGUGGUUUUGUUUCAUCUUAAGGCUAUGCUAGUGUGUCAAAAUGAUUACCAUUUAAAAUGCUGUGUACGUCUGGACAAAUAACCAAAUAAUAUACAGAAACAGCAACCAAAGACAAUUAUUAUAACAUCUGUUUGCUGUUUAAAUUGUUUUCCCUUCCCAUAAGAUUUUCAGGGGUAUUUUUCAUCUGUAAUUGGACAAAAACCCAUUGACUGAAGGUGCAGUUCUUAAUCUUUUGUAAAACUAUUCCCAGCCAGGCAUGAUAGUGCCACAAGUUAUCUCAAGUUUUCACACCUGAAAUGUCAAGUACAUUCGACUCCUGAUAACUCAACCUUCCAAGGGAAAUAGAAAAAAGUUCGAGUUAUGGGGAGUUCGAUUUAUCAAGGGUAAAAUUAUAUAGAAAACAAAUCUAAAUUAAACAAGCAAAGCACACUCAGUUGCAUCAGCUGGGCAAACUAGGAAUUACAGGAAAUAAAUAAUAAAGUUUUGUUGUUUGGUAAACCUAGGGCCACUACUUAUUUUUGUGAGCACAGACAUGUUUAUAUAUAUAUAUUUUUUAAAGUAAUGUUUAGUCUGUCAGGAUUUCAGGGUUUACCUGGCCAUUAGAAUUUUUCCUAGGCUACUUUGUUUGAAGCAAGAUAAACACAAGAAAAAAUCAAAUCCCUGGCCAUAUUUGCUAUUUCUUCUUCUACUUCAACAAUAAUGUUUAAAAAUGAAUGUUUGGAUUUAACAAGAAAUGACUACUAGUGAUAUACAGGGGAAGCUCUCCUAACAGUCACUCUCGUAGUCCGAGAGCUAUACUCAUGGCCUCCUUCACAAAACCCCAUUUUUUUCUACUCCCAUACAAGCUCUGUAUUUUUACAUUCCCGUAAGUGGCCAGCUCUAGUUAUGGACAUGUUUUUCACGUCCCGAGGGUGUCUACUCACGAGAGCUUCCAUUGUAUUGCUUUGUCCUAGCUGUGUUAAAGUAGAUAUUUUGUUGUUGUCUUGUAGACUGAGAUUGCAAAAAGAUUGAAUGCUAUAUGUGCUCAAAUCAUUCCCUUCCUUUCACAAGAUGUGAGUAUGAAAUAAGUCUCUUUUAAUGUACGUUUUAUAGCUAUCUUAAAGUGCCAACAAGCGAAGACUUUACCAAUAUGUGCACGCUGUUUAAUUUGUUUAGAAAUGUCAUGAAUUAUCAUAACAAUAUAAAAAUCCAGCAGGCAAGUGCAACAGCUGUACACGUAUGUUGUAAAUGAAUCAAGCCGACAAUUGGUUGAGGAUGGGUUGAGCACUGUACUCACAAACACACACAUGGCUCUUGGAUUUUCUGUUCUGUAUUACGUGUUCGCUCGAAAAACAGUGUAUUCUCUGUUCUGCAUUAGGUCAUAAAAGUUACCUUACACUAACUUAUGUUACAUCGCUGCGAGAUUCAUUAUGCCUUGGAACUUUCGCACACGGCUUUAUAAGGCUGCUACCUUGCAGCUGCUCAUUGGUAAUUAGUAACCAAAAGCUUGUACCUCCAUUGUCUCUGUGCAGUUUAGUAAAAUUUUAUUCCCCAAUAUUUCUAUUUAACUAUCUGCACAUUGAAGGGUUUAACUGAUCAAAGCAUCAUGAUCAUCAAUUUCAUGAUCCUUGUUAUCAGUGUACCCAAGGAUGUCUUCAAAUUUUAAGUUAAGAAGAUUGUUUAUUGAUCAUUGAUUGAUUGUACAUUCGGCGGUAGGAUGAGCCCAGUCAGUAGAGCACUUGACUGGGGAGUGGGAGGUUGUGGGUUCGUCCGGGGCCAGACCAAUAUUCAGGGUCUUAAAAUAACUGAGUAAUGAUGGUACUUCCUUUGCCCUGCAAAUGGCUAGUCCUUGGCGGGAAUCGGAUGACCACGUAAAAUACCAGGGGAGACAAAAAUAGUGUCCUCAAUAAUAGUAUUUUCAUUACUCAAAUAAAUUACAUUUUUUUAUGCUACAUAUAAUUCACCUGUACCUGAUAUCGAACUUCUUGGUGGUGGCUUGAAAUUAGUUUUUAAUCAUAUCUAAUUAUAGUUUCAUCAGAUAAAUUUAGGAAUCUUAAAAUGUGUAAGCUUCUGUUUCCAUUUUCUUUGUUGAUGAGUUUUACUUAGGCAUUGUUAUUUUUUAGGGUCAUUUUCAGUUAACAUGUUUUGUUUGAUUCUAUUUUAAGCAUCAACAGCAAGUUGCAGCAGCUGUGGAGAGAGCUAAACAGGUCACCAUGACCGAAUUAAAUGCUAUAAUAGGGGUAAGAAUUUGACCCUUUUUUUAAUCUCUCAAAGAGCACAGCCUUGAUUGCUAUUUUUCUCUCUUUAGCAUAUGUGACAUAAAUGUCACCCAGCUGUUUUUUAAAAGCGGUGAGAGGAUGGUUUGAUCACGUAUUACAAAAGACUGAGAAGAGACUGAAUAAUAACCUCACCACAGCUCAUCAGCUAGCCUGAAGUAGUUUCUGAAACAAUAAGAAACACCCUAUCUCCCCUUUAAAAUUCACCCCCCCCCCCCCCCCCCCCCCCCCCCCCCCCCCCGACCCCCCAACCACUUUUUUUCCCCCCUUCCCUUUUUUUUUAACAAGAAUACAAAAAUGUAAUAGAAAAAAAACAGUUCUUAAAAUUUUUUUAACAAUAAAAACAUAUCUUUUUUUUUUUUUUAAAAAAGGCGAUGAGUAAGGGUUUAUAUAAUAAUAAAAAAGAACAAAAAAGAAAAAAAAAAAUACCCCCACACCACCCAACCGAUACGCAUUAAGUUUUUUCAAACAAAAAAAAAACCCCCUUCCCCCCCUUAAAAGUCCCCCCCCCCCCCCCCAACCCACCCACUACGGGCCAAGGUUCUCAAUAACUUAUUCAUCCACUGUUCCAUUUUUGUAACAACGGUAACAAUGUGGCUAAUGGCAAACAGGCUUUACUAAACUCUUUUCAAAAUGCAAAUUUCACUGUUCUUUCAUUUAUCAGUGACACCCGUCACAGGUGUUAGGGUUACAGUUCUCCAAUACAGGUUCAAUUAAUACACACUGCACCCUGCUGUCAGCUGGCAGACUACUGGAGUGGACUUUUUUCGAGCCCUUUUUUAAACUACAAUCUUCUACAGAAUAAGAUGGAAUCCCAACCUUUUCUCCGUGAAAUCAAGGAUGAAGCCAUGUCAAGGCUAAAAUUUGCCACUUUCCCAUCCUUGAUUUGGGGGCUGUGGGGAGCUGAGAUUUCUUCCAAGUUCCCUGGGUAACUUAUCAUUUGGGAGCUUAAGCAUCGAUGAUGGGUACACCAGUGAAAACAUCACACAAAAUUAAUUUGCGUUUAUUCCAAUUCGCUGAAAAUGUCAAGUGUAAGUGAAUUUCCCUAGAGUUGAUUUCUUGGGGACGGCACUCAAGUUUAGGAGGAGAAAGAAAAAUUCACUGUCGCUUGUUUACAUCCUCCAUAAAAUGUGAAAUUAGGCAUUUUCACUUCGCAUUCGUUCAGUGAUGGCAAAGAAAUGUACAAAAGAGUUUGAUGCAUGUGCAAAGUUGUUGUUUUGCUAAUUAAACCUGUUGCAUUUUUGUCAGUCUUGUUCCCAUUGCCAUUGUCGUUGCUAAAGCUCCCAUUUGUCUAUCCUCAGUUCUGGGGCAGAGUGGGAGUGGUCCCCUAUCAGGGGAUUUUGACAUCCACUUUAGUCCAUGGUGUAGGGAUCUUGUCAAUCUGCCAUCUUUGAAUAUCCUUGGGAGGCAGAAUAACCACCAAAAUAAAAACAAUUAAUGACUACCUAUUCACAAAGUGACAGAUGGCCAAAAAAAACUUGGCUGCCUUAAUAAUAUAAUUUUUUUGAUGAGGUCACCCAGCUGGAAUCUAUUUGGCCUGGUUUAUAUUACAUGUCUCUCAGUACAGCUUGAUUGAAAAAAGCUUGUCAUAACUAUAGAAGCUUAAAAUGGACAUAACUGUGUACCUAAACUCACAGGGUAUUUUUUAAGUUUUAUUUUUUUAAACCAGAGUUUAUUUUUUUAAAAAGUGGUACUAAAAGUGUUCAAAUACUUAAGGCUCCUGGGGCCCUGGUUGGUCCUGUACUUGAGCUGAUUAAGAUACAUUUAUGUUCAUGAUUGUUUGAAAUCUCUUCUGUUUGGUCACCACUUGUUUUUCCAAAUACUUGAUUGUGUUGACUGCCUGAGGUUCUGUCAAAGUUUGGGUAGUUCGCCUUUUUUGAAUUUCCCCAGGAAGGGGGAAUUUCAUCGGCUGCCCCGUAAAUGUCAAAAUCCUCUAGGGUUUGACCUUUUUAGCUUAAUGAAUUUCUGCGAAAGGGAGUCUCAUUUGCCUUUGGUGUUGUUGGUAUCGACUAGUUGCCUUGCUAAAUUUCCUUUUUUAUCAAUAGCAACAGCAGCUUCAUCAGCAAGGGCUCCAAGGGCUCCAAGGUCUACAUGCCCACCCGCCCACAAUACCACUGCCGCACCCAGGAUCCACACCUCCUCAGCUCCCACCCGGGGCAGCUUCUGGCCUUCUUGCCUUAUCCAAUCUUACUGUUCAGCCACCACAUCUACCAAUGAUGAAACCGGAAGAUAAAGGUAUGAACAAGCAUGGAAGUUUUUAUGUUCAGCUUGUUGAGACAUUGUUUUAUUAGCAGGGCUAGUCAAAAAGGGCUGUGAACUGGGGAUUUUGAGUUGGACUAGUUAUAAGUAUUCUGUCAUUUUCCUCAGUAUUGUUUGUGCAAACAAAAUAUCUGAAUGCUUAUUGGAUCACAAGCUGCAAGUAAGGUGACACAGCAGAGAAAAGAACUGGGGAAAUAUAAGGACCUCUGCAUACACUUAUUUUGAGUGUAGCCGUGGCCACUCUAGUAGAGAAAAUAACAUUACAUUAAGAAUAUGUCAAAUUCCUUACUUUUGUUUCACCUCCUGCCAACUUUAGAACUCAUAAUAAUGGUGAGAGCCCUUCAAAUUUACCCAAAGUUGUUGGAAUGUCUUAUCUGCAGUGAUUUUGUUAUAAAUACAGUUAUGGUGGGUCCUGGGACUCAUCUUGUGAAAAAUAGUGAGUCCCAGUCCAGAACCAUUGAGUCCCAGUUCAAAAAACAACAAGUCCCUGGGUCUUUUGUAACCACACAGUUAAUCUGAAGACAAACUUCAAAACUCUGUAUUACAGUUUACUGAAAUAAAGAUAUACUCCUUCCAUUGUAAAGCACAACAAAGACAAAAUGAAAUAAGCAUUGUUUAACAACAGCCUCAUCAACAACAGCCACAGAAAUCACACAAACAGGAUAUUCAACAAAAACAUCUUCAGAUCGAUAAUUUGAUCUUUGCAUCCUACGGGACGCAUAGUACAAAUUAAUUUGCAUCUUAGGCGAUUUUUAUGCGUCAGUGACACAGGGUGCAGCGGUAACAAAAUCACUGUAACUUCCACCUUAAAUUUUUGAAAUAUUUAUUUAGUGGUUGGAUUAAUAUUCAAAGUAUUGUGAGUAGUGCAAGUUGCCUUUCGUCAUUUUAUUUGUCAUAUACACUUUAUAAAACAAAGAGUUAACUUUGAAUUGUGUCUUUUUCUUGACACUCAAAGUUAUCCUUGUUAAUGUCAAAUUAGUCUAACCCUCUAUAUUUUCUCUUUCUUUCAUGUUGUACGUCACUAUCAGAUGGCAUGGUAUGUGAAAGUCUAUUAUGUUAUUUUAUUUUAUUCAGUCAACUAGAUGGACAUCACUGGGACAGGCACUUAAAUUAAGUGUACUGCUAUAAGGCGCAGAAUUUUUUUUGACAAAAGUUUGCGUGAUACCUCUAAAUCUGUUGCAUGUUUUGGGUGCGUCUUAUAACCGGAGUAUUUUCUGGCUACCAAAAAAAAUUGUAUGAUAUUCAAUUGCUUCAGCUGCUCGUUUUGUUCUUUUUUUUAUCAGUCUUCAAUGACUUGCACAUCUGGUAAAGCUGGUAGUAGCCACAAUGACUCAUUUUGCAUUCGAAACAAAUCAUCUUAUCAUUUCUUGUGGUUGGAAAGCGUGUUGUUGUAGUUAAGACGAUCAUCACCACAAAUCAUGCUUGCGCCUUAUAGCCGGGUAUUUUAGUUUAAUUAUUUUCAAUUGCAAAGAACCCCAUUUAAUGGAGUGUGUCUUAUAAACAAGUGGGGCAACAUUUUCAAGUUUUAAUGCUAUGCCUGCAGAAAUCACCAAAAUAUUGCUAUGGUUAGUGCUCCUUGAUGAAGUAUGUGUGAUAUCUUCUUCGUAUCUCUAUUGGGGUAUUUUGUACUUAAAGUCACCUAAUCAGUGUUUUAUGAAACUGAUUGGUACAAGAAUUAAGGACAUGAUAUGCACAAGAUGAAAUUAAUAAUUGAUAUUUGAACAACUUCUUUCCACUACUUCUAUAUUAAGGAAAUGUUAAGGGGUAACAAAAUAAAUAUUAUUAUUCUAUAUGUAACAUGAAGCAGUGUUAUAGUGUCAAUUGGAAUUUUUAUUUCCUAGAACUCGUUGUCACCUCUUGGACCAAUGUCUCGAGAAAAAUACAGAGCAUCUGACCUCUCGUCACAUGGUAGUGAUGAUGGCCACAUGGACAGGGAAAGAGACAGAGACAGAGAACGCGAUAGAGACCGCGAACGAGAGCGUGAACGAGAGAGAGAACGUGAGAGGGAGAGGGAUCGAGAUCGUGACAGGGAAAGACAUGUGAAUGGUGAGUAUAAGUUCAGUUGAAAUCAAUUGAAAUGAAGCAAAAGUAGAAAAACUAUUUGAGCAAAAGCACUGGGCAGUGCCCCUUCAAUUUUCCCUGGAGCUUCACACUUCAGAUUGGUGAAACCGCUGCAUUGACUUCAGUUUUAACCUUGCCUGAAUUACAUGUAGCCUCAUUUAAAGUGUAAGAAGGGUAGUACUUUGCCUUUUUAUACAAUCCUGAUGCUCUUUUGAUAACUUCUGCUGUCAAAAUACUUAAUAAAACAGUUCAGUUUUCAUGUAUGAAUAUUGAACAGGAAAUUCACUUUUGCUAUUUAUGACAGUUACUCUAAUCUACUUCAAACUGGGAAUACAUGUAAGUUUUCUCUGUAACAAAAACAUGAUGAUUCAAAUAUAUUUUCUGAUGUAAAGUAAAUUAGUGAAGGUUCACUAGGCUUCAAGGAUAUAAAUUUUCAUUUUAACAUAUGCAAAAAACUACUGACAGACUUCUAGGGUGAUAUUAAGAAAAUCCUACUGUUAGUAAGUGACAUAACACCCUGAAAUUGACUUUUUAGGAACCAAAAGCAACGUUAAAAGGAAAAGAGAUGACAAAGACUCGGGGGUAAGUUUUGUUUCCAACCAUGAAAACUCGCAUUGAAUUUUAGGGCCCAGAUCUCGGGUGAAAAUUUAGGAAUUUUUUCUAACCACGGAGCAAAUGCUUUUUUGUUCUUUAGGAAAGUGAUGCAGAGAAAAGUGAUGGCGACCUUGUAGUGGAUGUUUCUAAUGAGGUGGGUGUGCCAUUAGUGGGGUGGGGUUUUAUUGCACUGACUCGAAUGUUCUUCAACUUUUUUGUGUAGUUUGAUGUUCUUGUAGACUGGUAAAUAUUAUUCAAAAGUCAAUUUAGGCGAAAAAACAAAAUCAAAAACAGCGUUGAAUAAAGGUUUUUUGCAUCUUGAAGGGGAUUGUGAAAUUAAAACUGGUUUCGCUAAUUGAUUGCAGGAUGCAAAUUCACCACCCAGAGUCGAGAAUGGACCUGAUUCCCCUGUAAAUGACAAGAAAAGUCGAAAAGAUUCUGGAUCUCCCAACAAUGCCUCAUCAUCGUCAUCCACACCAUCAUCAAAACAUCCCAAGGUAUGCAUAAAUUGUUUAAACUCUUCAUUAAUGGGUGAGCUUGAAAACUGGUUAGCGGGGUGUCACAAUCCCAUAAGCCAGAGGGAGGUAUCCAUGGCAACACUGGAAAGUGGGAACCCCCCAAAUGAGCCUCCACUUACCACCACUAUCACACAGAAAGAAUUCAGUGGAAAAACUGUUCUUCCUAGGAUUUUGGGAAGGUCAGGGGUAUUCUGACUUAGAUUUUUAGCAGUGUUUGUACGAGGCCUGCUGAAGCCAGAAAAAUUUUUUAUUAAGAUGGGGAACUUAAUUUUAGUUGUUUAUUUGGUUAGCAAGGAACUGUUUUUCUCCUUUUUUUCUGAGUCCCACAAAUGGCAGCUGCUUUCUCAAAAUCAGUCUUCUGAUAUUUGUUGUUUUUGAAUUAAUUGCUUUCGGAAGAUUUGGUGUCAUUUUAGGUGACUUUUAGGUAAACAGUACAGUGUAGUUCAUAGGUUGGAUUCCUGUUUGGAGUGUUUUCUUCUGAGCCACGUGUAUCACUGACUAUAAAUUAAAACAUUUUCUCAAAUUUUAAUGUGUUGAUCUGUGUUUUUUUUACAGUCAGAAAGCAAACCCAUUCUUCCAUCAUCAGAAAGCAGCUCUUCUGGGAGGAAGAGCCCCUCGAGAUCCUCACCGUCCGUAAAAACACCAGUAGGUAGGUAUCAUUCAUACAGAACUACAUUGAACUUAAGCAGCCAAGAUGACAAACAGCAGUGAAAAUGCUUGUGAAAAAGUGAAUUUCCAUUAACUCAAGCUUCACUUUAUUUAUAGUCUUGCUUAAUUUGUCAAAUUUAGAUGAAUUUUCGUCGAGUUGGAUUCUGAAGGACAGCAUUUAGGUUCAGAAAGGAGAAAGGAAAAUUUGCUGUUGUGUUUUCACUCCCAAAAAAUGACAAAAGAUUUAGGAAGUUUCAUGUUGUAGUCGUGCAGUGGAUGUCAAAAAAGUAUACUCGUUGCUGCCUUCAUCCCUCUGGUUGUAUUAGCUCUCUACUAUUUCAACCAGUGUGGUUGAGUGAACAAAAAGAAUGACAACCAUCUUGUUUGUGUAUUUUACAGCGGCCCCGGCAGUUAGAACAGCCAUGUCUGUACCAGGAGGUCCGUAUCCAUUUGUAAAUCCACACAACAUUGCCAGGUAAUUAUGGAUUAAACACAAAGCAACAAGUUAAAUAUCUUUUCAUAAUAGCACCUUCUUUGAAGGCUGAAGGCUUGUAGCAGCUUGCUGUUUUGCUGUUGCUAUGUUCUCUGAGCCUCUCAAGCUUUUGGCACCCAGUUAGUGUUUUUGGUCAUCAGUACGUUGUGAGUUGACUUGUCCUAGAAUCAUAAGAGCUCCAGCCAGGGUUGGCAAUUGGAAAAAUCUUUGACUUGGUUUUCAGAGGGCGAGACCCUGGUGCAACACAGAAUGAAACACAUAAAACGUAUUAUUAAUGCUUUAGAGAUAUCAAGAUCAGAUGAGAAUUUUCAAAGACCCAUGAUGUUCUAGUUUACACUUGCAACCCCUACAGGUAGCUCUUUUUUUUUCUGGUGGAAGACCAUCACUUUCUUGUAGUUAGUCGUUUUCUUCUUUGAUGUUAGCUUCAUCUUUCUUUGCUUGGAAAAAUACCUAGUGCUGAGGUGUUCCAUGGGAGGCUUGCCUUACUUUACCUCACCUCACUUCUUCAUGCUCUGUUACGCAUAAGGCCUCCACACGUCGCUGUCAUCCUGCUAUUUUGAAAUGUAUGUCUGGUUUCAGUAAUGAGAGUUUUGUUCAGGAUGGGACAUUUACCCAUUGCCCAACCCCCAACCUGGAGGGCCAGGUUAUGCAAUUCCCCUGGCCUUUCAUGCGAAACCUGCCCGACACAGUUGAAUGCACCAGGUCCCAUUAUUGGUAUAGCUUAGAGAAUCAUCAAGGCACACAAACCUCCCCACCAAGUUCCUUGGGGAAAAUAAGCUAAUUUCAUCUGUGUUGCUUUGUAGUGACCUGGCAAGCCCAACAUCAUUUUCCCCAUCAGUCAUGGCAGCCAGCAUGUCAGCUGGUGGGAUUGGUUAUGGCCGGUCUCCUUUGGUACGUAUUCUUUCUUGUCUGAUGAAUUUCAGUUUUUUGUUUAUUGUUUAUUUAUUUUCACUAUUUUGAUCUCAGGUUGGCUUUGAGCAUGGCAGCCCUGCAGCCAGAGUAGGCAUGUCUCCAUUAGGUCCCAGUAUACCAGCAGGUCCCCCAGGCGGCAAGCCUGCAUACUCAUUCUAUGUGAGUGGGGAUGGUCAAAUGCAACCAGUGCCGUUUCCGCCAGAUGCACUCCUUGGUUCCAAUAUACCUCGCCAUGCCCGACAGAUUAACCAACUAAAUCAUGGAGAAGUUGUAUGCGCUGUAACGAUCAGCCAUCCAACGAGACAUGUAUACACAGGAGGAAAGGUCAGCACUGUUAUUUUUUACAAUUUUUUUGAACUGUGGAAUGAAGAAAUAUUGAAAAUAUUGAUGUAACUUAUUGAAAGCUUGCCGAACCCUGGCAAUUCAAACAGUUACAGAACUCCGCACUGCAAGCACUGAUCAACAAUGUUAAUAUCUGAGCGGCUACAUGACUGUACAGGAUGGUUCUUUCAGAAAACUUUGCUUCUUGGAUCCUCGAUCAUCGAAACUCGAGACUCGAUCCUCGUGUCUCGAGACUCAAUCCUCGCAUCUCGAAACUUGCGUUUUUUGUUUUAUGCAAUAAUUAACUAGUGUAGUGUACUGAAAAAAAAAAUGUAGAGAUGGUAGAGUGAACAGUUCAAGCCUUAUAAAGUCCUGUUAGAAUGGACAGGGAAUGUGCGUUUUGUACAAUCUGUGAAAUUACAUUAGUGGUAUGUGGUCCUUGAAAAGUCCGUAAAAAUGGUUGCAAUUUUUUGUAUGAAUCCUGAACUGCAUAAGCUGGGUCUUCAACUGCAAUGGUCUUCCUUGCAUUUAAUUUUGGUUAAGGUGAUGCACAAUUGCUGGAUAACCCUAGGAUAGAAUUUCUCUUUGGAGUAACUCUCAAGCAGAGAAAACCGUGAGUGCUGUGGAAUGUACAUUUCAUCUGCAUGGACUGUUAUUUUAGUUCAGAGGAAAAGGACCAUCAGUGUUUUUAGUUUGACAGUAACAGUGGUAAGAAUCCAGAAGAUAGAUGCAGAGAGGGCAACAGUUGAAAUGUUCUUUAAUACAGAUAAGGCUAGUGUCAAAACUACAUAUUGCAAUACUGGUGCUUGUCUCAGCUUGACGGUUUUACCACUCUACAACAUGUGACUUGAAGGUGACAAAAUUUCAGAUUAAAAACGAGUAAAACUGUUUGUUUUCCGUUGGUUGCAGGGCUGUGUGAAGGUGUGGGACAUAGGUCAAAGUAGUGGAAAAAAUCCAAUUUCAACUUUAGAGUGUUUGGUAAGUCACUGUUUAUGCAAUUCAUAGAAGAGACACAUUUUAGCAUCACUUAGUUGCAGGGUUGUCAGUAAGGACCGGUAGCCAGGCAAACCGCUGGCUAGUUAGCCAUCCUUAGCCAGCUACUUUCAUCUCCUUCUAUCAUAACUGCUAACAAAAAGUUAAGCACAUUCAAAUAAAAUUGUAAAACGUCCAUUUCCCAGUUUUGAAUGACAUUGAAUGCAUAUUUAAACAGGUUUAGAUCUGUGAAACAUUCGAACUGAACGAUGUCUAGGGACACCUGAGACAUUUUUACGGAAUUGUUCCCACUCUUGUGUGUAUUCUGAUGAAACUGCAUGGCGGUGGAAAAUACCCCUUGAAAACCCCUGGAAAUGCCAUUUUUGAUAAGAUUCAAAAUGUCCCCAGAUGCCUCGGCCCUCAAGAACUUGUCACUUUGGUGCGAGUUCCAAAGCCGCCUACUAUUCAUUAUCAGCCUGCUACAUAAAAACGUUUUGACAGCCCUAAGUUGUGAGUUGUGAUAGAGACCAGGUACCUUUGAUAAGUGGCUUUCCUGUUUAUGGAAGUGAUUUUUGAAUUUGAUAUUCUGUAGUUUUAAAACUUGAUUAGUUGUUGUUUUAUUUUUUUCCAUACCCCUUUUGAUUUUUCUCUAAUUUUAUUUUGUUUUGUUUCAUUUCCUAGAGAGAUAACUACAUCCGAUCUUGUCGUCUCCUGCCUGAUGGUAGAACUCUCAUUGUCGGCGGUGAAGCUAGUACUCUUACAAUAUGGGAUCUUGCAUCCUCUCAACCAAGAAUAAAGAAUGAACUUACUUCAAAUGCACCAGCCUGUUAUGCAUUGGCAAUUAGUCCAGAUUCUAAAGUAUGCUUCAGUUGUUGUAGUGAUGGAAAUAUAGCUGUGUGGGAUUUGCAUAAUCAAACAUUAGUCAGACAGUUUCAAGGUCAUACGGAUGGUGCUAGUUGUAUUGACAUUUCACCAGAUGGUACAAAAUUAUGGACAGGUAAGGACUACAUGUACAAAAAACAGCAUCUGUCAUGUAACUUUUCUGGUCUUUACGAAGAGGGUGCAGUUUGCUCUAAUCACCCCUGACUUGGAUCAAAGGCAUCAAAGUUAGACUGCAGCAGGUAGCAAAGCAUAGUAACGGUAAUCAAAGGUGCUAAUGACAGUGUAUUGUUUUGCACAUCAAAUCGAAGGUAUAACACCCCUGAAGUGAAACAGUGUUGUAACCCCCUUGAUAAAAGGCAAAGACAACAGGAUGGCUUAUAAUAACUUGCGCCACCUAAAUUAUAUAGACUUGGUGGUCUCUGACAAGAGGUUCAACUGCUGUGCAUUGACUGGGAAUUAUUUGGUAUUUUUGAAAGGCGGUCACUUAUGAGAAGCCGUCACACUUUGGAUGGGUUCACUGUACAUCAGUUGAGUUUCACCUUGUGGACGACAUUUGAUUUGGAUCUGCUUUUUGUGGAUGUACCACAGAUUACGGGCCUAUCACGAAGAUUUCAAGUUUCUGAGUAUGUGUAUUUAGUAAGCGGGGAAUUAACGAGCUCGGAAAUUCUUUUGGUUCCAUUCUUUUGUUUCCUAUGACAAUAGCUGGGAAAUCCCCUUUCCUCAGAUUUCUCCAUCCCAUUUAGUAACAGCCCUCCAGCCUGGAAUACAGUAUUGUCACGGUAAAAGCAUGAAAAUUAAUUAACCUUGCAUUUUUCCUUACUUUCUAGGAGGAUUAGAUAACACAGUUAGAUCUUGGGAUCUUAGAGAAGGAAGACAACUCCAACAACAUGAUUUUACAUCACAGAUCUUCUCCUUGGGGUAUUGUCCCUCUGGGGAUUGGCUUGCUGUGGGGUGAGCUACUGACAUUUCCAUUUUUGUGAUUUCUGUUUUUGAGUGUUGUCCUUGUGACGAAAGUAGUACAUGGGCUGAGUGUUGAUCCUGUGUCGGGUAAUGUCCCUGAGCCCUAACUUAAUUAAGUCUGAUCUAAUUUAAAGUGAGGUAAAUGUUUGUUGAAUAAAAAGUGUUAUUUAUUUCCUCUUAUCCUUAUAAUUUGCCUCCUUUACCUUGCAUGUCCAUGUAUCCAUGCAUGAUGUUGCUCAAUUGCUAUAGUUUGGCGGCAUUAAUUUCAAUUGUACAUUAAAUGCAUCAUGUAAAAUUGCAGAGUGUUCAUCUUUUUUCUCUGGCUUCCAAUUUUUUGACCUGGCCACCAAAUGGUAACGCUGAAAAAAAAAAUUAGUUUGGGGCACUGAUGUUAUUAUUAUCAUUUUGAGUACUUUCCUUGCUGUUCAGCAGAUUUAAUUUUAACCUACAUGUAAGGUGACUCUUUCAACACUUUUUUAAGUUACAGCUGUAAGAUUUUGAAAAAUUUUUCUAAACGCAAAUGUUUAUCUUUUAUUAGAAUGGAAAACAGCAAUGUGGAAGUUCUCCACCAAACAAAACCAGACAAAUAUCAGCUACACUUACACGAAAGUUGUGUAUUGUCAUUAAAGUUCGCUUACUCUGGAAAAUGGUUUAUAACAACGGGUAAAGACAACUUGUUGAAUGCGUGGAGAACCCCUUACGGUGCAAGCAUAUUUCAGGUUAGUGCUUUCUCUGAGACAACAGUUUUUCACGUAUCUCCCUCCCUUAAAGGUAUUCAUUCCUCUCCUUCCUCUGAAAAGUAUUUUCUUGAUGAAGUUAACUAAACUUAGUCUUGUAAAAGUCAAAAUAAGUCAAAAGUUAGAUGUACACUGAAUUUACUCUCUAACUUUUUAUAGCAGUAAUAACAGGUAUAGAGAGAGGUGGGGGGGGGGGGGGGGGGGUUUAGUAGUCAGGCUCCCCUUUCCACCCACCCAGUUUCUGGUAAAAAGGGUACCAACACAUGUUGCUCAACCAUUCGUUUAAUAUACUCACCAUAUUUUGUUCUGUGUUUGCUUUUUGUGUUCUUCAUUUAUUUUUGGUGUAUACUUACCAUUCACGGCGCUAUAGAGUUUUUUUUCAUAGUUAUUCAUUUGUUGUAUAUGUAUUAGAAAAAACAAGAUUGAGAAAAAGAAAAAAAAAAACAAAAAUAAAAAGAAAGGUUAAAAAAAGAGAAGUGCUAAGAGUUUGUAUAUUGGAGUGUGGGGGGGGGGGGGGGGGGGGGGGGGGGGGGGGGGGGGGGGGGGGGGGGGGGGGUUGAUGAUGCAGAUGCUCUCUUCCAACCCACUACUUGUCGUUAAAGAAGGUUCAAAACAUGAGUGAUCAGAUUACUAGUGAUAGAACUUCCAAAUGUUUGUGAUCAGAUUGCGUUCUAUGCAUUCCAUUCAUUUUUAGUGGAAGUUCAAAUGAAUGCGGGCUACAUAGAUUACUUUGUACGUACCGCGCAUGUGUAACUACAGCGGCCUCUUUGGUCACCUGCAAUAUUAGAGAGCUUUAGAUUUGAGGACAAUAGCGACUACGAGUACAAGAUUUUACUUAAAGUUUUUUUGCAUAGUGUAAAAAUAAAACACCCCUGAUUGCUUCAUUGUACUUUUUUUUCACCUAGAAAGUUAGCAUCUGCCUAUCGCAAAAUGAUAAAACUUCUAACAUUUGAUAACUUGUUUCCACCACUACAACAUUCCCCCUCAAACUCAUAGUAGAAUGACGACGGCUAUCACGUUUUCCCGACAAAAUGACGCUGGUUCAUGCGCGAGCAAUACUUCGUAUUGAGUAAAUCUCCUUCUUGUAAGUUGUUUCAGUCCCUUAUAAGUUUCUGGUUGCAUGAUUAAUAUAUAUCAAAUAUCCCAAUAAUUGCAUCCUUUUUUUGCAGUCCAAGGAGUCUUCGUCAGUGUUGAGCUGCGACAUUUCAGCAGAUGACAAGUACAUUGUGACAGGAUCUGGUGAUAAGAAAGCUACCCUCUAUGAGGUGAUAUUCUGAAGUGCAGUUUGUGUAGGAUAAAUGAGCCACUUACAUGUGAAAUGAAGAGAAAAAGCAGCACAUGCCAGGAUUCUGUGCCACGAGGAUGAGACAGAGGCUGUGUUGAUGUGAUGUGAUUUUGUUUUGUGGAUCUUCUGGUGGAAGUCGUUGAAUAAAAUGCCAUCAUGUUCUGUGAAGUGCAGAUUUGUGCGGAUGUGAUUCGGAUGGAAGUUUUGUCACUAAGCUCCACAGUUUGUGGUGGCAAAGAACAGAAGGUCUUCAAGUUGUUGAGAUUCAGUGCCUGGUCAUAUUCGGUGUGAAAAGAACUGUUUUCAAGCCUUUACAGUUCAUCUCUUUUGGAGGAACAGAGAAAUAUCAACACAAUUCUUGUACAUUGAAAUCUGAUAAAUUAUCCCAGCAACAGUGAAGACAUUUUAAUGACCUUUUGUUGGAAAGAGAAACUGCAAGAAGUCCCAUAUUUGACCCCCUUUUCUAGAGACGAAAAAAAGCAUAGGGAGAGGUGGUGU